CCGGAAGCGAUCGGAAUCAGAUGCUUUACUUUCUACGAUCAGAUGUCUAGACGCCAUUUCGGAUGAUUGAAAAGUGAUUUUGCAUGUUACGGCCUGAAAUCCAGUCUCUCAUCGAGGAGGAAGAGAAACAGAAAAACAGCCUGUGAAAUGAGUGUGUAUGCUGAGAGAGAGCAGGAGGCUCCUGUUGACGCUCAGAGAGCAUCAUCUUCAGGAUUAAGCUGUGUGUCUAUGAAGAGUAACAACUCCAUGAAUCGGCCUCCUGAUCUCAGUGAAGUUGACGCUCAGAGAGCAUCAUCUUCAGGAUUCAGCUGUGUGUCUAUGAAGAGCAACAACUCCAUGAAUCGGCCUCCUGAUCUCAGUGAUGUUCACACUCAGAGAGCAUCAUCUUCAGGAUUCAGCUGUGUGUCUAUGAAGAGCAACAACUCCAUGAAUCGGCCUCCUGAUCUCAGUGAAGUUGACGCUCAGAGAGCAUCAUCUUCAGGAUUCAGCUGUGUGUCUAUGAAGAGCAACAACUCCAUGAAUCGGCCUCCUGAUCUCAGUGAAGUUGACGCUCAGAGAGCAUCAUCUUCAGGAUUAAGCUGUGUGUCUAUGAAGAGCAACAACUCCAUGAAUCGGCCUCCUGAUCUCAGUGAAGUUGACGCUCAGAGAGCAUCAUCUUCAGGAUUAAGCUGUGUGUCUAUGAAGAGUAACAACUCCAUGAAUCGGCCUCCUGAUCUCAGUGAUGUUCACACUCAGAGAGCAUCAUCUUCAGGAUUCAGCUGUGUGUCUAUGAAGAGUAACAACUCCAUGAAUCGGCCUCCUGAUCUCAGUGAAGUUGACGCUCAGAGAGCAUCAUCUUCAGGAAUAAGCUGUGUGUCUAUGAAGAGUAACAACUCCAUGAAUCGGCCUCCUGAUCUCAGUGAUGGAUCUUCUGUGACCUCUGACUCUGUCAUCAUCAACAGGAAGAGAAAGAGAGCAGCUUCUCCACUGCAGCCCCCUGAUCUCAGUGAUGGAUCGGUGCCCUUUGAUCCUGUUGGUAGGAAAGCUGACCAGAUCAGAUAUGUGUCCUGUCCGUCCAGCAUAUCCUCCUACAGUCAGAACCACAUCAGUCAUUAUGAAACAGAAGCAGCUCUGCAGCUCGAUUCUCAUCAACCGGAGCAUGAUGAUCUGCAGAGAGUCAAAGACCAGCACAAAACCAGCAUGAAGAACAAGUAUGAGAGCUUAUUUGAGGGAGUCAAACUACAAGAGAAUCAGACCCUCCUGAACAGGAUUUACACACAGCUGUACAUCAUAGAGGGAGAGAGUGAAGGAGUGAAUGAAGAACAUGAAGUGCUACAGAUGGAGAAAAGUUACAGGACACUCCAAGACACUCCAAUCAACUGCAAUGACAUCUUUAAUCCUUUACCUGAACCAGGAGAUGAGGAGAAGAGAAGAGAGAAGAAAGACACAAUAAAGACUGUUCUUACUAAAGGCAUCGCUGGAAUUGGAAAAACCGUCUCUGUGCAGAAGUUCAUUCUGGACUGGGCCGAGGGAAAAGCCAAUCAGGAUGUAGAUUUCAUGUUUGUGCUUACAUUUAGAGAACUGAACUUGAUUAAAGAUCAUCAGUACAGUAUUCACAGACUUCUGCUUGACUUUCAUCCUGAACUUCAACAUCUCGACUCAAAGAUUUAUGAUGAAUGUAAAGUUGUGUUCAUCUUUGAUGGUCUGGAUGAAAGCAGAAUUACACUGAUGUAUUCAGACAGUCAGAAAGUUUCUGCUGUGACUGAGAUUUCAUCAGUGGGUCUGUUGAUGUCAAACCUCCUGAGAGGAGAUCUGCUUCCCUCUGCUCUCAUCUGGAUCACCACCAGACCAGCAGCAGCCAAUCAGAUCCCCUCCAACUACAUCAACCGUGUGACUGAGAUUCAGGGAUUCAAUGACCCUCAGAAGGAGGAAUAUUUCAGGAAGAGAAUCAGUGACGAGCAUCAAGCCAACAGAAUCAUCUCACACAUCAGAAGAGCAAGAAGCCUCCACAUCAUGUGUCACAUACCCGUCUUCUGCUGGAUCUCAUCCACUGUGCUUCAAAACAUCCUGAAACAAGAUCUCAGUGCAGAAAUCCCUCAAACUCUGACUGAAAUGUACAUCUACUUCCUGCUCAUUCAAACAAAGAUGAGGAACCAGAAGUAUGAAGAGAGCGAUUCAGAGAAACUCCUGCAGUCCAACAGAGAAGUGAUUGUGAAACUUGCUGAACUGGCUUUCAAUCAGCUGAUGAAGGGCAAUGUGAUGUUUUAUGAGGAGGACCUGAGAGAGAGCGGUAUAGACGUCACUGACGCCUCAGUGUAUUCUGGGAUCUGCACGGAGAUCUUUAGAGAGGAGUCUGUGAUUUAUCACAGGAAGGUUUACAGCUUUGUUCAUCUGAGCUUUCAGGAGUUUUUUGCAGCACUGUAUUUGUUUUUCUGCUAUUUACACAAGAACAGUGAGGUUCUGAAGAUGUUCCUGACAGGAAAUAACAGAACUCGGUGUGAGAAUGUUCCUCUGGAUGUGUUUCUGAAAGGAGCAAUGAAUAAAGCCUUGAAGAGUAAAACUGGACACCUGGAUCUCUUCCUUCGGUUUCUUCAUGGGAUCUCACUGGAGUCCAAUCAGAGACUCUUACAGGAUGUGCUGAUACUCACAGAGAACAACCCAGAGAUCUUCAAGAAAAUAACCCAAAACCUCAAACGAGGUCAAAAAAACAAUAUCAGUCCUGAAAGAUGGAUGAAUCUGACACACUGCUUGAUUGAGAUGAAGGAUAAUUCUGUAGUUGAAGAAGUGCAGGUGCUUUUAAAAUCUGAAACAAGAAGCAAAAGUCUUUCUCUUGCACAAUGCUCAACUUUGGCAAACAUGAUCCUGAUGUCAGAGGAGGUGCUGGAUGAGUUUAAUCUUAAUAGGUACAACUUCAAAUCAAAAGAGGGCAGAAUAAGACUGAUACCUGCUGUGAGGAACUGCAGAAAAGCUGUAUUGACAUCCUGUAAUUUCACUGAUCAGCACUGUGAAAUGUUGGCCUCAGCACUACAAUCAUCAAACUCCACCCUGAGAGAACUAGACCUAAGUAACAAUGACCUACAGGACUCUGGAGUAAAACUGCUCUGUGCUGGAUUUAAGAGUCCAAAUUGUCAACUCAACAUACUGAGAUUGGCAGGCUGUCAUCUCUCUGAUCAGCACUGUGAAAUCAUAGCUUCAGCUCUACAGUCAUCAAACUCUUCUCUGAGAGUGCUGGACCUGAGUCACAAUGACCUUCAAGAUUCAGGAUUGAAGCAGCUCUGUGCUGGACUGAAGAGUCCAAACUGUCAACUCAACAUACUAAGAUUGGCAGGCUGUCAUCUCUCUGAUCAGCACCGUGAAAUCAUAGCUUCAGCUCUACAGUCAUCAAACUCUUCUCUGAGAGAGCUGGACCUGAGUCACAAUGACCUGCAAUAUUCAGAAUUGAAGCAGCUCUGUGCUGGACUGAAGAGUCCAAACUGUCAACUCAACAUACUAAGAUUGGCAGGCUGUCAUCUCUCUGAUCAGCACUGUGAAGUCAUGGCUUCAGCUCUACAGUCAUCAAACUCUUCUCUGAGAGAGCUGGACCUGAGUCACAAUGACCUGCAAGAUUUAGGACUGAAGCAGCUCUGUGCUGGACUGAAGAGUCCAAACUGUCAACUCAACAUACUGAGAUUGUCAGGCUGUCAUCUCUCCGAUCAGCACUGUGAAAUCAUAACUUCAGCUCUACAGUCAUCAAACUCUUCUCUGAGAGAGCUGGACCUGAGUCACAAUGACCUGCAAGAUUCAGGACUGAAGCAGCUCUGUGCUGGACUGAAGAGCCCAAACUGUCAACUCAACAUACUGAGAUUAUCAGGCUGUCAUCUCUCUGAUCAGCACUGUGAAAUCAUAACUUCAGCUCUACAGUCAUCAAACUCUUCUCUAAGAGAGUUGGACCUGAGUCACAAUGACCUGCAAGAUUCAGGAUUGAAGCAGCUCUGUGCUGGACUGAAGAGUCCAAACUGUCAACUCAACAUACUUAGAUUGGCAGACUGUCAUCUCUCUGAUCAGCACUGUGAAAUCAUAACUUCAGCUCUACAGUCAUCAAACUCUUCUCUGAGAGAGCUGGACCUGAGUAACAAUGACCUGCAAGAUUCAGGACUGAAGCAGCUCUGUGCUGGACUGAAGAGUCCAAACUGUCAACUCAACAAACUGAGAUUGGCAGGCUGUCAUCUCUCUGAUCCGCACUGUGAAAUCAUGGCUUCAGCUCUACAGUCAUCAAACUCUUCUCUGAGAGACCUGGACCUGAGUCACAAUGACCUGCAAGAUUCAGGAGUGAAGCAGCUCUGUGCUGGACUGAAGAGCCCAAACUGUCAACUCAACAAACUGAGAUUGGCAGGCUGUCAUCUCUCUGAUCAGCUCUGUGAAAUCAUGGCUUCAGCUCUACAGUCAUCAAACUCUUCUCUGAGAGAGCUGGACCUGAGUAACAAUGACCUGCAAGAUUCAGGACUGAAGCAGCUCUGUGCUGGACUGAAGAGCCCAAACUGUCAACUCAACAUACUGAGAUUGGCAGGCUGUCAUCUCUCUGAUCCUCACUGUGCAAUAAUGGCUUCAGCUCAACAGUCAUCAAACUCUUCUCUGAGAGAGCUGGACCUGAGUCACAAUGACCUGCAAGAUUCAGGAGUGAAGCAGCUCUGUGCUGGACUGAAGAGCCCAAACUGUCAACUCAACAUACUGAGAUUGGCAGACUGUCAUCUCUCUGAUCAGCUCUGUGAAAUCAUGGCUUCAGCUCUACAGUCAUCAAACUCUUCUCUGAGAGAGCUGGACCUGAGUCACAAUGACCUGCAAGAUUCAGGACUGAAGCAGCUCUGUGCUGGACUGAAGAGCCCAAACUGUCAACUCAACAAACUGAGAUUGGCAGACUGUCAUCUCUCUGAUCAGCACUGUGAAAUCAUGGCUUCAGCUCUACAGUCAUCAAACUCUUCUCUGAGAGAGUUGGACCUGAGUAACAAUGACCUGCAAGAUUCAGGACUGAAGCAGCUCUGUGCUGGACUGAAGAGCCCAAACUGUCAACUCAACAAACUGAGAUUGGCAGGCUGUCAUCUCUCUGAUCAGCUCUGUGAAAUCAUGGCUUCAGCUCUACAGUCAUCAAACUCUUCUCUGAGAGAGCUGGACCUGAGUCACAAUGACCUGCAAGAUUCAGGACUGAAGCAGCUCUGUGCUGGACUGAAGAGUCCAAACUGUCAACUCAACAUACUGAGAUUAUCUGGCUGUAUGGUGACAACAGAAGGUUGUGCUGCUCUGGCAUCAGCUCUGAGUUCAAACCCCUCACACCUGAGACAGCUGGACCUGAGCUACAAUCACCCAGGAGAUUCAGGAGUGAAGCUACUCUCUGAUACACUCAAACAUCUGGACAAACUCAAUGUGGAUCAUGGAGGAGAGAUCAGGAUCACAGCAGGACCUCAGAAAUAUGCCUGUGAUCUCACACUGGAUCCAAACACAGCAUUCAGAGAACUCGUUCUGUCUGAGGAGAACAGAAAGGUGACGAAUGUCUCUAAGGAUCAGCCACAUCCUGAACAUCCGGACAGAUUUGUUAGUUGGGGUCAGGUUGUGUGUUCAGAGAGACUGACUGGACGCUGUUACUGGGAGACUGAAUGGAGCGGAGAUAGAGUUGAAAUAGGAGUGUGUUAUAAAGAAAUCCAGAGGAAAGGAUCGAGUUAUGAAAGUAGGUUUGGAUGUAAUGAGAUCUCCUGGAUUCUGCUCUGCUCUGAUCACGGAUUCACUGCUCGUCACAAUAAUAAAGACACUCAUAUCUCUCCUGCUCCAGACUCCUGUAAGAGAGUCGCAGUGUUUCUGGACGAGUCGAGCAGCUCUCUGUCCUUCUACAGCGUCUCUGACACACACACACUCACACACUUACACACAUUCACACACACAUUCCCUCAACCUCUACUCGCUGGAUUUACACUUUUUCGCUCUUCAGUGUCUCUGUGUCACAUUAAACACUAAACACACUCACACACACACACACUCACACAUUAGUACACAUAGGUUGUAAUGAUGUGAAAGUGUGUGUGUUGAUAUCUGAACUCCAGAGAAUCUCAGCUUUAGGAAGUUGAAUAUCAGUUUCCUGUUUCAGAUCAUCAGGAUGAAGAUGUUUCAGAGACUCUCUGUGUUUCUGUCUAAUAGCAAUCACACACACAAAUAUACUAGUGUUAGUGUGAAAUCAUAUUUACACUGCCGUGUCAUAUUUCUCUGGCUGUAUUUUCUGGAGUUCAUGUCAUUUUAAGGUUAUAGAGUUCAGAAUAAAAUUACUGUAUCUUCAUCAUCA